GGGCUUGGCGGCCAGCCCCGAGGCCCGGGCAAAAGGCUGGGACUUUACUCCGGCGGCAGAGAGCGACCCGUGCUCCAUCAGCUGCCGCAACCGCCGCGCCCGCGCCCGAGCCACGAUGAGCGGCAGAGUCGGCGAUCUGAGCCCCAAGCAGAAGGAGGCGCUGGCCAAGUUUCGGGAGAAUGUCCAGGAUGUGCUGCCCACUCUGCCAAAUCCAGAUGACUAUUUUCUCCUGCGCUGGCUCCGAGCUAGAAACUUUGACCUGCAGAAGUCCGAAGCCAUGCUCCGGAAGCAUGUGGAGUUCCGAAAGCAAAAGGACAUUGACAACAUCAUGAGCUGGCAGCCUCCAGAGGUGGUCCAACAGUAUCUGUCAGGGGGCAUGUGUGGCUAUGACCUGGAUGGCUGCCCCGUCUGGUACGAUGUCAUUGGACCUCUGGAUGCCAAGGGUCUGCUCCUCUCAGCCACCAAACAGGACUUGCUCAAGACCAAGAUGCGGGACUGUGAGCGGCUUCUUCAGGAGUGUGUCCGCCAGACCGAAAAGAUGGGGAAGAAGGUGGAGACAGUCACCCUGAUCUAUGACUGCGAGGGUCUUGGCCUCAAGCAUCUCUGGAAGCCUGCGGUGGAGGCCUAUGGAGAGUUUCUCUGCAUGUUUGAGGAAAACUAUCCUGAGACACUGAAGCGUCUUUUUGUUGUUAAAGCCCCCAAGCUGUUUCCUGUGGCCUAUAACCUCAUCAAGCCCUUCCUGAGUGAGGACACUCGCAAGAAGAUCAUGGUCCUGGGGGCAAACUGGAAGGAGGUUUUACUGAAAUAUAUCAGCCCUGACCAGCUGCCUAUGGAGUAUGGGGGUACCAUGACUGAUUCUGAUGGAGACCCCAAGUGCAAAUCCAAGAUUAACUACGGGGGUGACAUUCCGAAGAAGUAUUAUGUGCGAGAUCAAGUGAAACAGCAGUAUGAGCACAGUGUGCAGAUUUCUCGUGGCUCCUCCCACCAAGUGGAGUAUGAGAUCCUCUUCCCUGGCUGUGUCCUCAGGUGGCAGUUCAUGUCAGAUGGUUCAGACAUCGGUUUUGGGAUUUUCCUGAAGACCAAAAUGGGGGAGCGGCAGCGGGCAGGGGAGAUGACGGAGGUGCUUUCCAACCAGAGGUACAAUGCCCACCUGGUCCCUGAGGAUGGGACCCUCACCUGCAGCGAUCCUGGCAUCUAUGUCCUGCGGUUUGACAAUACCUACAGCUUCAUUCAUGCCAAGAAGGUCAGUUUCACUGUGGAGGUCCUGCUUCCAGACAAAGCCUCAGAAGAGAAGAUGAAACAGCUGGGGGCAGUCACCCCAAAGUAAUGCCUCCUCCCACAGAAGGCCUGGCUCCCUCAGUGUCUCCCUGUCAGUUUCUGUCCCUUGUAGCAGUCAUUUGCCCAGUAUCCAGAUGCCUCCCAAAAAACUGGGCUACAAGAAAGACCCUGGGCUGGA